UAAAUUUUACAAAAGAAGAACUGAACUUGGCAAACUGGCAACCUAACAAAGUAGGAUGGGAAGGCUUCCUGGGUGUGGGAAGUAAGUGUGAGGAAUGAUUGACUGCCUGUGCUGUGGGGUCCUCCAGCGAUAAACAACUUGGCCUGGCCUGGCAGGUAGGGUGCUGGGGAGGUGGACAUGGUGGGCUCAUGAAGGGAGGUGGGCCCUGGACAGCUGAAAACUUUCGCGCUGUUGGAGGCAGCACAACAUCAUGGAAAAGAUUAAAUCGGGGGAGUGUUUCUGUUUUUUGUUUUUUUAAUAAAAUCAGCCUCCAGAGAACACACUGGCUGGAGGGUAGGGGGUGGCUCUGAAUGGGGGGAAGCUGAGACCCAGGCAGAGAGAUGCUCCUUAGAGGACAGAUCAUCAGGGAGUUGACUAGAGCAGUAGAGGGGAGGGAGGUGACUGAGGAGUAUGGAGGAGGUAAAAAGGGAAAACUGGAGACUGAUGGAAUGUAAGGGGGGCUAGAAGGAAAUAAAAUAGCAUUUACUUGGUACUUUGCAAGCAGAAUAGGUAGGAUUUAGAGUCAUAGGUUUGUAUAUGUAAAAUAUAUAGAUAACUACUUUAACUCUACAGAGACUAUUUCACCUUCAGAUUUUUCUCCCCCUGGCUGCUGCACUUCACAACUUCCCAAGCUUUUAAACUUAUCUUACCCCAGUUUUCUUUGGGAUUGUACUGUUUUUGUUUGUCUCCCAAGACCACCUUACCUCCCUGCCUGUGUGCCCUACAGGAGGGCGCUCUCCCACUUUGGGGCGAAGGCAGCUCUCAUCAAGCCCCAUUGCUUCGACACCCACAGGAGCAGUCCUGACAUGUUUUCUUAGGGCUUCGAGGAAGCAUGGGAUUGGGCCAGCCCAGAGGUCAAGGAGAUCUAUGGGGAGAAGUUUCUAGUUCAGUGAGUGAGCUGUGGACCAUGGGGAGAGAAGCAAACCAUUUUCUGGAAGUGUAGGUUCCUCAUUAGAGCCUCUUACAGUCACAGGUUCAUCCUUCUGGCUGAUUCAUCUACACAGUGGGGACAUUUGGCUACAUACCCCUGAUUCCAUGUGGUCAACUAGUAACUUCAAGAAAGAGUUUAGGUUGUUAGUGGGGGACUACUGUGUCAUGUAAAGCCUUGAUUAUGUUGAAGAGGAAACUGAAGCCAGAGAGGAAGUUCUUUGAAACUUUCUAAAUUAGAGCCAUGAAAUGGAAAAGAGGAAUGGGGAAGUAUGUAAGGAUCCUUUCUCAUUUUGAACAGAGAGAUAAAAUUAAUCAAAAUAAAUAAAAAUCUUUUGAAAAUAUGCAAGUUGAAUUUAUCCAUGGUGAUGAACUGCAUGGAGCACGUCCAGAACUUACCUGGCUGAGAGGCCAAGCUCACCUACCUCCCCAUGAACUAUGUGUCCACCUUCCUGGUGGGUGCUGUGGUCAACUGGAGCUCCCCAAGGCCUGCCAAGGCCCUAUGAAGACAAGACUGGGGUGCAUGGAGGGUAGAGUUGGGAUGCUAUGUGAAGGUUGCUAUGUUGAUGCUUUAUGGGGAAGAAAAUAAGGUGGAGGGAGUGAGCUCUUCAGUCUCUAGAGUCAUGUUGUCUACUCUCCUCCUUACCUCUGCCCCAGGUUCUCCCAGGACUCUGAGGCUAUCAGGAGGGAAGAACCCCACUUUGAGGCUGAGGAACAGGGAUCCAGUAGCGCACAAUAUGUGCCCCAUUGCCUGAGCAGCUUCUCAAGGCUCUGAGCCUCAUGGACCCAAAUCUGUACUUUUGGGAAAGAGUGAACACUUGGGAGGGGGCUCGGUCCCAUCUUCUCUGCCUCUGUUUAUCUCCUCCCAGUGUGCCUUGGCCCUGGCCAGUGUCCCCCUCCCACAAGAUGGAAAUUGCCUAGAGGAGGUGAAGGCCCCUCUCUGCUGAAGAUACCUGUGGAUAGAGGUAGAGGUGUGUAGGACAACCACCAGGCUGACCCACCAGCCUCAGGUGCCAACUCACCAGGGAGGCCUGUCAUCUGAGGGUGGGUGGCAUUCCCAGCCCUAGGAAAAGAGCCUUCUGUGUCGUCCCACAGCACUCCAAGCCUCCAGUCCAUGGCCUAUUUUGUGAUGUUAGGAGUUUGAGCCCAGGGGAGCACUGCCUUAGCCAGUAGUCAACAGAGAGGCCCAUAAGAUGAUGAGCCAGGCGGAGGCCUGUGCUGGGGCAGUCCCAAGUCAUCCUUUUCAAGAUCCAGAGGCAGCCCCUGGGUCUUGUUUGUCUUCUCAAGGACUGGGUUACUCCUGGGGCUGCUCAGCCCUCAAGUGAAAUUAUCUGACAUCUCCCAGCCAAGACUUCCCUGUCUACUCACCCAGGAGGCAGAGUUGGGAAAUGCCUUCUAGAUCCAGUGUAAGCAGUGUUAUGCCUCGGAGUGGUUACGAAGUAAGUGAGGUUUGCUUCUAUCACUUCCCAUAUAGGCUUUGGGUUUGUUCCCCAAAGGUGGGUACACAAUCUGACCUCCCACCACCCUUGGGAUGGAGUAGCCAAGCUCUCUGCCCUUUUCCAAGGAGACACCUGCUUUGACUGAUUCUAGAACUGACCAACCUUGGUAGACAGUGGAGCACAGAGAUGCAUCUUUGUCCCUUCACUCUAGGGAACUUUGUGUCAGAGUUCCCUGGUCAUGAGUUGGUCACCAGGCUCAUCCUGAGGAGUGGUGACCCUCGAGGUUUAUCCAAAGAACCACUGUGGACUCUAGUAUCACCUGUGCCUGCAUCUUAUACAAUCCUGGGUGUGGUCCCUCAUGACUCACACCUCUGUCUCACAUCCUUAUUUCCUUAUGUUGACCAGCUUCCCUCAUACCUUUCUGUGAGUUCUUGUGAUCCCCAUGGCCUGGAAUCUCUCCCUCCCUUCCAAGCCUGACCCUGAGAACUUUCUAAGCAGCUGUCUGGCCCCAGUCUUCUGAUCCUCCCAUAUGUCCUUUCCUUUCAGAACCAAGGACUCAGCCCUGCGCCCUUUCUGCAGCUGCCUAGGGAGCUCAUGACCCAUCCUCAUGACCUCAUCUCGUUGAUAUUCAUAUCCGAACUCUCUCUUCUCCUGCCUUCUCUCUCUAUGCUCAAAGCGUCCCCCCUCCUAUUACUCUUGCCACCUGUGGUUCUACCUGUUAUCAGCCCAUACAUUAGAAUCACUUUGACUCCUGGCCCCCCUUCUCUCUGCACACCCAACUAAUCACUGUGCCAGCUGACUUCAUAAUCCCUUCAUCCUGCCAUCACCACCCCCACACCGGGCUCCUCAGAUCACCAGAUCACCUCAUGUGUGUCUGAUCCUGGGGGUAGAAAAAAAAUGCCCAUAAAAUGCCCAAUGGGGGCCCUGCCCCAGGGUUGCUGAUGUGUCCUCAGUCCUUGCCUUCCUCCAUUUGCCUAGUGACUGGGGGAGGCUGGUUGCCGGGCCUGCCUGGAGUGCAAUGACUCCUCAUUGGUGAUCUGAGUAUCGUUUCCCACGGACCCAGGCCCUGAGGCCCUCGGUCUUUCUGCUUUGUGUGAGUAGGGGCCUCUCAUCACCAGCCUCCUUUAUAGGAGGGUCCUGCUGCCUCUGGCCUCAGGACAAUGAAGGCAUAGCUUCCCAGAGAGAAACUCUUUUACAUCAUCUCCCAUAAUGGACAUUCACCUAAGGGCAGAGAAUUCCAGAGAGCUAAUAACCUGGAACUCAUUUCUCUUGGGGUUUGGAAGGCACAACUAAUUUUGUUUGUUUUACAUUAAUGAAUUUAUCUUAAUUUUUCCUCUAAAAAUAAAAAUUAGUUUAUUUACAUGCCUGCACUCUUGACAAAUGAUUUCAAUCCCUGGACUAGGGAUGGGGGAUUCCCAGGGGGGCCUUCUAGGCUGAGUUCUUUUCCAUUUACCCUGCUCAGAACACCCAGGUGAGCCACCUCUCAGCACCAACAUCACUACUGGGGUCUGUCCCAUCCUUGACACCUUGACGCAUAGGGGCUGGGGAGAGAGAAGGGCAGCUACCAAGCUGUCUGAGGUGACAAGGCUUCAGGUUAGACUUGAAUUUCUUGCAUCUGGGCUAAUUGGUGUGUGAUGCAUCCAUCCACCUAUAAAAAUUAUAGCGUGGCUCACUCAGGGCGCUGUGUGUGUUGCCAGCAGUGGAAGGGAGGAGAGCUCUUCUCAGUAGCCUCCAGCACGCUGCCAGCUGAGGGUCAGAGGACAAGCCUCUCCCUCUGUCUCCUGAGCCCCAUCCUUCUUGGCCAUCACCUCUUUCCUGCCCUAUGGCGGCUCUCACGGACCUCUCUUUUAUGUACCGCUGGUUCAAGAACUGCAAUCUUGUUCGAAACCUCUCAGACAAGUAUGUCUUCAUCACAGGCUGUGACUCGGGCUUUGGGAACCUACUGGCCAAGCAGCUGGUUCAUCGAGGCAUGCGGGUGUUGGCUGCUUGUUUCACCCAUGAGGGGGCCCAGAAGCUGCAGCAAGAUACCUCCUACCGGCUGCAGACCACCCUAUUGGAUGUCACCAAGAGCGAGAGCAUCCAGAUGGCAGCCCAGUGGGUGAGGGACCAAGUGGGCGAGCAAGGUCUCUGGGCCCUGGUGAACAACGCUGGUUUGGGCUUGCCCAGUGGUCCCAACGAAUGGCUGACUAUAGAGGACUUUGUGAAGGUGAUCAAUGUGAACCUGGUGGGACUGAUUGAAGUGACCCUCCACAUGCUACCCAUGGUCAAGAAAGCCCGGGGCCGGGUCGUCAACAUGUCCAGCUCUGGUGGUCGUGUGGCUGUCAUUGGUGGUGGCUACUGUGUGUCCAAGUUUGGUGUCGAGGCCUUCUCUGACAGCAUCAGGCGUGAGCUCCACUACUUUGGGGUUAAAGUCAGCAUCAUUGAGCCCGGGAACUAUCGGACGUCCAUUCUGGGCAAGGACGGCAUAGAGUUGCGCAUGCAGAAGCUGUGGGAGCAGCUGCCUCAGGAGACCCGGGAUAGCUAUGGAGAGGAGUACUUCCGCAUCUAUACUGAAAAGUUAACAAACAUGACUCGGUCAGCAGAGCCAAGGCUCAGAGAUGUCAUCAAUAGCAUGGAACAUGCCAUCGUUUCCCGGAGCCCGCGCAUUCGCUACAACCCUGGCCUGGAUGCCAAACUUCUCUACCUGCCCUUGGCUAAGCUGCCCACCCCCGUGACAGAUUUCAUCCUGAGCCGGUACCUUCCAAGGCCAGCAGACAGUGUCUGAGCCGGGGAAGCCCAAAGGGUGGUCAGUGAAGUGUCCAGAAGGGUGCUGGGAGAAGGGACUCUGAGGUCACAAAAGGUGGCAUCAGACUUUCUGGGGACACUUUGCUUGGCUGACACACAUUGCUGGUGAAUUUAUGGGUAACUUCUAAUAGAAGAUGAGGGCCUCUUCCCACUCACUGGGGCCACACAGAAACCUGCGAUGGCCUUUGCAGGUUCAAAGACCUGCAGGAUGGCCCUGGCACUAGCUGUCACCUGAUCUGUAUAUGGCUUUUUCUGGACCUGGGAAAGUCAAGGAGAGGAUAACUAACUCUUGCUGAAUCAUGAACCUCCCUCGGUUGUCACUGCCACCUGGAGAUACUGUGGCACAACCAGCCCACAGGAGAGUCUCGACCACUUUCUUAUUAGGUCUCUCACUAUGCAUUAACUUCUUACACACAACCCAUUAUUUGAAGUGUAUGGUAGGGCAGACAGAGUACACGAAUAAACAGGGAAAGUUCAGGAUACUUUCGCUCUGUUUGGAUUUCUCUAUCCAUAGGUGAUUGGGGCCCACGUGAAAUAAUAUACAUUUAUUUAGUUACCAUUAAUUAAUUCUUCAAAUAUUUAUUGAGUUCUUAUUACAUACCAGGCACUGUGUAGCUGCUAGGUUAUAAAAUGAUUCAAUCAUGGUCUUGGUUUAUUUGUGUUUUUGUUUUUGUUUUUUAGCACAGUAUGUAGUAGUGACGAUGGACAAACAGUGAUAAAAGAAACAGAAAUCAGAAAAACCACAUUUUCAGAGCUGUUAAGAGUCUUGGAGGUCAUCUAAUUCAGGGGGCGCCAAAAUUGUCUGUAUGUCAUAAUCAUGCAGUUAAUUAAAAUAAGAUUCCUAGGCCUUGAUGUUAGAAAAUAUGACUUAGUAGACUUGGGAUGGAGCCCAGAAAUCUGUAUUUGUAACAAGAACAUAGAUGAUUUUGAUGCACUUGGGAACUGCUGAUAGCUCCACAGAAGUAAUUAAUGCUCAGAGGAGGGUUGGAUGUGACCAAUUCAAAGCCCCUCAGCAUAGUGACCAAGAUAAAAGUCAGGUGUUCAGAUUCCCAGUGUAGGAUUUUUGUUAUAGAAGAAUAAAUUUCUGAAAUUAGUAACAUUGUUAAAUAAUUCAUUGAACUAAAAUUUUUAAAAAAUACCUUAAAUUUUUGGGUCAUAUGAAGUUCUAUUAAAAAAAGAUGUUUUUGAUCUUGAGGAAUGGUCAUGUAAUAAAAGCAAAUGUGAAAA